AUGUCGCACAAAUCUGUUCGAAUGCCUGCGUGCAUCUUUCAGAAUGGCCAGGCAGCUGCCUUUAUCGGCAAGGAUGGCAGGCUCUACACCAUGCAUCGGGAUACGGCAGACCCUUUGGAGGUGCCAACAGCACCGAUCGCCAAGAGCAUCGGAAAGAACAUUGCGAUCAUUGCUUAG